UUUUCGUUGCUAUUAGUAACUUUUAAGAGACUUCCUGUUUUGUAUGGAGACGAGGCCUUUCUGAGUGGCAAAACUUCUUACCCAGCUUGAAAAGAAAGAUGCCACAAAAACAACAACCCAAAGCUAAGGCUAACCAAUCUGUUGAAAGAAAAAGGUCAAAGAGAGGAGAGGAUGACUUGACAGAUACAGGUGAUGCUGCAGAGCCAGAUGAUUGGAUGCAGACUAAAGCCUUGGUGAAGCCAGAAGACCAGUUGGAUCUUACAGAUGCUGAAUUAAAAGAGGAGUUUACUCGGAUAUUAACUGCCAACAAUCCCCAUGCACCCCAAAACAUCGUACGCUACAGCUUCAAGGAGCGACAAUUUAAACAAAUGUCCAGUGUUGACCAACUGGCUAUUCAUUUCUCUCUGGAUGGGAAUCUCUUACAUAAGGAAUCAGAAGAAGCUAGAAGACAGCUAAACAGAUAUGGGAAACAGUCUCAGGAUAGUGAAGAUGCUCCAGAAAUCAAAGAGGCAACUUCUGCUGCAGCUGGAAUUACAGCUGUAGAUGAAGGUGGUGAUGAAGGUGCAGCUGAUGGUGAAGCCAAAGAGGAUGCAGGUGAAGACGGGGCAGCUCCAACUGUACCUAAAGCUAAAGUUAGAUCUGUAGAAAAGAAAUUAACAAAUCAGUUCAACUUCAGUGAAAGAGCUUCACAGACAUACAACAAUCCUUACAGGGACCGUGGCACUGUUACAGAACCCCCACCUAGAGCUUCCUUUGCUUCUAAUGUCACUCAGUGGGAAAUAUAUGAUGCCUAUCAAGAAGACUUUGAGAAACAGGAAAAAACAAAAGAAAAAAAAGUUGUACCAGGCAGAAAGGAUGAAGGCAGAACUAAGAAGAAGUUUACUAUGUCUGAAUCAACAAGUGAUGACAUUACAAGGAUUGAGAGUGCUGCGAAAAUUGUUGAGCGCAUGAUAAACCAGAAUACUUAUGAUGAUAUUGCUCAGGACUUCAAAUAUUGGGAGGAUGUGUCUGAUGAAUACAGAGAUCAAGAGGGCACACUGCUUCCUUUGUGGAAAUUUUCCUUUGAGAAAGCAAAGAAAUUGGCAAUCACUUCUGUUUGUUGGUCACCAAUGUAUAAGGAUUUGUUUGCAGUUUCAUGUGGAUCUUAUGAUUUCAUGAAACAAGGAAAUGGUCUGAUUAUUUUCUGGACCUUGAAGAAUCCCUCUUUCCCAGAAUGCUACUUUGAGACUGACAGUGGAGUUAUGUGCCUUGAUAUCCACCCCCAACAUCCACAUUUAAUAGCUGCUGGUUUCUAUGAUGGCAGUGUUGCAGUGUUUAGUGCUGUUGAAAAGAAAGAAGGUCCCAUUCACAGGUGCACUGCCAAAAAUGGGAAACACACAGAUCCUGUAUGGCAAGUUCGCUGGCAAAAAGAUGAUGCAGACAAUAAUAUGAAUUUUUACUCAAUAUCUUCAGAUGGACGCAUUUGUCUGUGGACAAUUCUCAAAAAUGAAAUGAUAUUUCAAGAUGUUAUAAAACUUCUUUUACCUGAUGUAUCAGCAGAAGGACCUGAUGGUAUUAAAGUACCCACAACAGGUUGCGGUACAGCUUUUGAUUUCCAUCAGCAGAAAGAUUAUUUGUUCCUAGUUGGCACGGAAGAGGGCAAAGUUCAUAUCUGCUCAAAAUCUUACACAAGCCACUUUAUUGACACUAUCCAUGCCCACAAUAUGGCUGUUUACAAGGUGUGUUGGAAUAAAUUUCAUCCUAAAAUAUUUAUCACAUGCAGUGCUGACUGGACUGUCAAAAUCUGGGAAAUGCAUGAUCCUAUGGUGAAACAUGACAAUAAUGAAAACAGAAAGCCUUUGUUUUCAUUUGACUUAAACAACUCAGUUGGUGAUGUGGCAUGGGCACCUUAUUCUUCAACUGUUUUUGCGGCUGUGACUUCAGAUGGCAAGGCAUUUGUGUAUGAUCUAAAUAUCAACAAAUAUGAGCCCCUGUGUGAGCAAAUGGUAGCCCAAAAGAAGAAAACCAAACUCACUCAUGUCGAGUUUAACCCAACAUUCCCCAUUAUGAUUGUUGGUGAUGACAGAGGCUGCAUUGUCAGCUUAAAACUUUCACCUAAUCUGAGAAAGAUGAAAGCUGAGAAGAAAGGUGCCCCACCUCCUGAUGAAGCCACCAAAAUCCAGAGAGAAAUAGAGAAACUGGAUAAAAUUCUUACUAUGGUGCGAGAACAGCCAACAUAAAGUAUUACACACACUCUAUGUACAUUUGUGAGCAAGAAAAUAUAUUUUUGUUGUUGUAGACAUCAAGCAUGUCUAGUGAGCAAGGAAAUAAUAUUGUUUGUCUCAUUAGAGCAACUUAUUCUUUGAUUUGAAAUCAUGAGUGAAAUAUUGCAGGCUAGCAACUAUUCCAACACUUCAUCAUCUGAAUGUUUUGUUGUUGUUUUUAAUUUACAAAUAUAAACACAAGAGUUCAAUUAUACUACUGUUGCUAGAAAUUUUUUAUGAGUAUAGUUCUAAUACUUUAAUCACUAAUUUAAUACAAUAAUGUAUAUAACAGACACACACACAACUUUAUUUGACAACAAAAUAAAAGAAAAUGAUUUGAUUCUUCUCCUUGUAGCUUAUAAAGUUACCUCUUUUCUAGCUCAGUUUAAAGUUUAAUGAAUGAGAAUUUUUUUAAAUUUCAAUGUGCACUUAUUUUUCUUUUUUUCCCCAUAAAUAUACUAAUAUAAUAAUUUUUGCUGCAAAAGAAAUAAGUAGGUCUUUGUCUUAAUUACAUAUUAAGAUGUUUUGAUAAAAAUCUAGAUCUAAAUAAUCGUUGUGCUAAUUGUGAACUUUAAAAAAAAAAAGGGUUGAUGUUUGCCUUUAUAGGGGAGAUAAUGUUUCUUUUUUAUAACUAAUGAAAAAAAUCAGCAGUUAUUCUUUUUCUUUUCUUUCAAAUAGAAUUGUGUGCUCACAAAUUUAAACUUCAUUACCUUAAACCAGUAAUGCCUAAUUCGGCCUACGGGCCAUUUUAAUUUCCGACCCUCGUGUCGCGUGCCGCACCAACGACAAAGUUACUAAAAAGAAAUGAAAUUGACCUGAAACUAUUUGAUUAGAAACAUACACUAAUGAUUGGGAUAAUGGAAGUGAAGGGCCCUAAUCUUUUUUACGGAAAACAGCUAAAUUUCUCCAUUUAGGUGAGCAAAAUUGUAGCAAGCUUUACCACCGACUCAUUUCUUGUCUCUUUUUUGGUUACUAGUCUACUAAAUCCUUCAAUCUAUAGGCGUAGUUUAAUAUUGACAGCUUAAAGUAAGAAUAAUGUAAUAUUAUUUCGUCAUGCCGUCUAUCUGUUAUUGUUUUAUUAAACAGCCAAAAUUUCUUUAUAAAACAAAUGUGUUAUUAUCAUGUUCCACAAAAAAUUAAAGAUCCAUCUACUUUUCCUGGUAGAUUCUACAUUCAGAGGCCCUUGUCAUUAACGCACAAAGGUUAAAGGUCAUGGUAACACUAAUAGAAAUAGUGACGGCCCUAACGUAAGGGUUUUUUUCAACCUCGAAUCUUUUUUUUAUGAAGAGUGAAUUUUCUACACUUUGUGCCGACGUUUCGGCGGGCCUGAUAGAACCACUGGCGGGCCGUAUUUUUGGGCAUCACUGCCUUAAACUGUAAGAUGUUAUAUUUUAUUAGCAAUAUGUUAACAUCAUUCCAUGUAUUUCAAGAUAUGGCUUCAAUAUUGCUAUUAACUAAUUCAUUGGUAUGAUCAUUACAAACUAAAUUCCACAAUUAUCCAGUUUUAUUAUGUACAUUAUUCAUUCCCAAUAAAAUAUUUUUGAAUGUUUUAACUUAAUUUGUACAUUCAUUUUUAUUGUACUGUUCACUUCAGACCAAACAAAGUCCAAACUAGAUUAGAUUUAUUUUAAAAAUCAUUUAUUAUUACGUCAGAUUCUGAAAAAAAAAAUCAAUUAAUAAAAAGAUCUAGCUCUUUUUUAAGGUGUUCAAAUGGGAAAGUUUGGUCUACACAUGUUAUCUACCAGUUCUAAUGCUAGGGCAGGACAUUUUUAUUACACAUCAAAUUUCAUCAAGCCAUUGGAAGUCUUUCAAAAUUAAUUCACUCUUCACUUUGUAUCACAUUCACAUCACACUGUAAAAUU